CCUGGAAACAAAAAGCUGUCAGGCUUCUGUGAAAAGCACCAUGAGAUUCAUUCGUUCUGUGUGCUUCAGAGUGCUCAUUAUCCUCAGAUCUCGGAUCUUUCUUUAAGGAGUCACUGAACUGCAAGCCCUCAUUAUGAGAGGAGAUCUGGUUUUACUUGUGACCCUCAUCAGCCUCUUCUGUCUGUCUCUGCUGGGAUCUGUGCAUUCUCAGCACAUAGCAGAGGAGCCCUGCUCUGUACAGAUCCUAGUGCCAGGACUUAAAGGGGAUGCUGGAGAGAAAGGAGAGAAAGGAGCCCCGGGGCGACCCGGCAGAGCAGGACCCCCUGGUGAAAUCGGUAAUACAGGGUUAAAGGGCCAAAAAGGUCUGAUUGGACGUCAUGGGAAAAUAGGCCCCAUUGGCGCAAAAGGUGAAAAGGGAGACAUAGGUGAUGCUGGGCCCCGUGGAUCAAAUGGAGAUCCAGGGAUACCUUGCGAAUGUGCGCCUUUAAGGAAGAUGAUCGGUGAAAUGGAUAACCUAGUGGCACAUUUAACAAAUGAAUUAAAAUUCAUAAAAAAUGCACUGCCCUCCCCCGCAGCUGUCGCUGGUGUGAGAGAGUCGGACAGUAAGAUCUACAUGCUGGUCAAGGAAGAGAAACGCUACGAGGAUGCCGAAGCCUACUGCCAAGGGAGAGGAGGACAUCUGAGCAUGCCUAAGGACGAGACAGCCAACGGGAUUGUAGCCUCUUACAUCAGCCAAGCAGGACUCAACAGGGUGUUUAUUGGUAUCAACGAUCUGGAGAAAGAGGGGCACUUUGCUUAUGUGGAUAGAUCUGCCAUGACCACCUUUAACAAGUGGCGCACUGGGGAACCUAAUAAUGCCUAUGAUGAAGAGGACUGUGCAGAAAUGGUGGCCUCUGGUGGCUGGAAUGAUGUAGCUUGUCACAUUACAAUGUAUUUUGUCUGUGAAUUUGAUAAAGACACUGUGUAACCAACAGCAAGAAAACAGUCUUGUUGACUGAAUGGAAAUUGACAUUUAAAGGUGUGAUUAUAACAAUUCCAGAGCUGUACAUCUGGACAUGAGCAUAGCAGUCAGAGUACAUGGGGGCAAAAAGUAGAGUAAAAUGUAUUCUUAUUGGAGCAUUAUACAAUUGUGAAUCGUUUUAAAGAACAUGCAUUAAUGUAAUAAUAAGCAGAUAUAUAACUAUUUUGGAUAAAGUAACAUAACUGGCUUUUAUUGUUAAACCAAUGAAUCUGAUUCUCGUUGAUAUUUUAAAGCGAGUUAGUAGCAGCUGCCUGACGCGUUCAUAUCUAAUUAUCUUGGCAGCUACAUUGGAAUAAACCACACCAUACUGUACCAUACCAUUCAAGAUUUUGGUGGCCUCAGUAUGGCCACCGACACUGCUAAUUGUGCCUGAAAAUACUAAGUAUAUCAUAUGAAAAAUAAAGAAAAUAUAGAAAUGCUAUUGUAAUUGGUUUACAUUUAUUUUUGUAAUAAAGCCACAUAGAAAAGAGACCCAAUCAUAUAAAAAUUGAUAUAAAUUAAGCUAAAGUACAUUAUUGACAUAUUUAAGGCAAAUUGCUGGAAAACCUACUUUGAUUUUUCUGUUCCAAUCACAUGAUGCACAAUUCCCAGCUAAAUAUAAAAUAUUAUGAUUUGCAAUGCUUUUACAUUGUGCAAGUGCAUAACAUAAUACACCCUUGUUAAAUGCUAGUGAAGGGACGCACCUAUCCGGUGGGGGUGAAGGGAAGGGAUUCGAGUGCUGCAUGGGAUAUCACUGAUUAAAAGGAACACCAAGUACUGCCAAAAGAGCGAGAGCAGACUGAAACAAAGAGCAGAACAAAUGAUUCCUACAAUAACAGAUUAAUACACGAAUAAACUGGUUUAGAAAGGAACAUAACAACCAUAAGAGGGGGAGAGGUGGGCUCUUCAUACAGUGGUAGUAUUGGUAGAAUAAAGGGGUAUAGUAGGAAGAGAGGGAUGAAACAUAUAUGAAUUGUUUGAUGCAUGCUUAAUACCCAAUGGAACAUAAAAUAAUAUUGUUGUCUAUAUAACGCUAAUGCUGUAUUAUAUUCGGCAGAAUACUUGGAGCACUGACUCAGUGCUCUAUUGUACUCUGGAGUGCUCUGUUGUUAAUGCUUGCUGAAGCACUUUGAAUAAACUUCGAUUUG